CUCUCAUACUUUAUACCUGCUUGACCUUUGUUUAGUAUAUCCCGGUUUGUUUUAUACUCGUCACCUUUGCGGUUGAUCCAAUUUGCCGCCGUUUGUGGUUCAUUUCCCGAGUGAUGGAUCGUUCUCUUGGAUUGAACUCGAGGCCGGGAAGUAUAUCCUGCGUGCCGUGGUCUCCGGAAACUCCAACAAUCACGCCUCACCUUCGGGAUUGCUCUGCUGAAGCUGUCAUGGAAAGGCAGAUGGGGCUGAAUCACCGCCAGCACCACUCUUUCAGCGGCUAUUUCAUCCAAGGAUUUGGUCAAAGCGGCAGAGAUGAAGUUGGACAGCAACUGGUGGCCUAUCCUACUAUCCCACAUCAGCAGCAGCACCAGGUGAGCUUCAGUGCGGCCGGAGCAGCAGCAGCAGCAGCAGCAGUUCCGUCACGAGGGCUUUCUUCGAACAAUUGGCGGGUUUUUUGUCCGGACGGAAACGUGUCACCUCCGUCGAUGAAGAUGAAUGCGACUCAUGGCCCUGUGGGAAUGGGUCAAGUUGAGAGAAGAGGAAUUGCAUCACAAGCACCUGCGGCCGGGGCUGUGAGCGAUGGGUACGCGUACUAUUUGAAUCGGGGGAAUGGCGAGUUGACGAGGCUUGUGCCGGCUGAUAUGCUGCCUGCGUUGAACGAGAUUCCGCCGAGGGAGCCUGAGCGGCGAGGGAUGGUGGUUUUGCCGCCGCUGAGAGGCGUUCCGCCGAAAGGGAUGGCGGAUAUGAGCCAGACCAUCACAGUCAAAGCGUGCCAAAUCCAAGGGCCUCGACAUCCCUCGGAUCUCGUCCAGAACCAAAUCGACCGUAUCGUCGCCACUAACCCGUCGAUCCCGAAGAAGAACAAAGUAUACUGCGACAUGUGGAUCCACGAGGGAAGAUGUGCCUUCACCCAGACGGGGUGCAAGUUUAAACACGAGAUGCCCCUGGAUGAGGCCUCGCAGAAGGCUCUCGGCCUCUUCCAAGGUCUCCCUGCUUGGUAUAAGAAGCAGCAAGAGGAGUUAAACUUGUGGAAGUCUCGUGAGGCUUCCGACGCGGAGACUUCGCCUACGGAUUCUUCUUCUCACAAUGAGUUUGCUUGGCAGAAUCCCAACUCCUCUCUAGGUAAAACAGUGCCGGACAAGAGCAAGCUUGACACAUGCCAGGCAUCUCAAGCAACGAAAAGCCGCGUCGCUCAAUUCGUUUGGGGUCCAAUUGGGCCGCCUAACAAGCAGGUAGCGGACAAGGACCCUUGGGGCAAGGAGUUUUGAAACAAAAUGUGUGAUGGCGAGGCUGCAUCGAGCUUUUCCUCCGAGGGCCGCAGAGUUAGAUGAAGAGGAGCAGAUGUUCAUGGCCCUGUGAGUCAUUGAUUCUGGUGGUGUUGGUCGACAAACCACACGCAGGUGAUAGGAUCCCAAAGGGUUUAGUACUAGGUAUAUGUUGGAAAUCUGUCAAGGGUAUUUCAAGAUUUAGUAGAAUUAGUGUUAGAGCAUAAUUAGAGAGCAGAUGUAUGGAAUAAUGCUCUGGAUGCCGCCGUGUAAGUGGUCACAGUGGAGGUAGGAUCAGCUGACAUGGUUGAAGGAUCGGGUUAUUAGCAUGAAAUGAAGUUUCACCUUGAUGCGGUGUGAAUGGCGUUGUAUUAGUGACUCAUUAUUCGAGGCAUAGAGGAUAAGACCUCUUCAUCUGUGAGGUGGACAGAAUAGUCGAUAGUGAACAUAGUAGGUAUAGUAGCGAUGGUAGGUAUAGUA